UUGUUUGUGGCGCGGGUUAAUCCUGACCACGACUCGCCCGGGGAAACUGCCUAUUGGCUCGCUUGGCUGCCUAGCUCUGGGAUUCGACAAGAAUUUGGGAACUCCAGCAACCGGGUCUCUCAGAAACCGCCCUCAUACUUGUUAAUCGCUCUCAACACUGGCAACGGCGAGCACCACUACGUAAUGUGUUUGCUGGGGGUAGAUCGCUUUGUAGCGGUCGUGG